AUGCAAAGCUAUAAAAAAUAUAUUCCCUUUCUGCAUAAAUUUAUAACAUUUAUCUAUUUUACAAAUCGAAAGAAUAUGAUAGAUCUACAAAGUUUUUUAAAAAUUGAGAUGAAAUAUAUUUUUAUAUUUUUUCUUUCUGAUAAAUGCUAA